CCCCCUCCUGCCCGGUAGGUGACAGCCCAGCCCAACCUUGCCUCAGAUGUGGGGCCAAAGGAAACGGGCGGGUGUGGGGGGAGGCCACUGAACGGAAAGGCAUCUGGCCCCAGCAUCCCUGCAACCCCUGGAGGCCGACACUGGGUUCUGGAGCACCCAUUGCACAGAAGAGAAGGGCCCACCCACUGCACCGCCAUGAGCGAGGCCUUUGACUGCGCGAAAUGCGGUGAAUCCCUGUAUGGCCGCAAGUACAUCCAGGCAGACGGCGGCCCCCACUGCGUGCCCUGCUAUGACAACACCUUUGCCAACACCUGUGCUGAGUGCCAGGAGCUGAUCGGGCAUGACUCCAGGGAGCUGUUCUAUGAAGACCGCCACUUCCAUGAGGGCUGCUUCCGCUGUUGCCGCUGCCAGCGCUCCCUGGCCGAUGAGCCCUUCACCUGUCAGGACAGUGAGCUGCUCUGCAAUGACUGCUACUGCAGUGCCUUCUCCUCGCAGUGCUCUGCCUGCGGGGAGACCGUCAUGCCCGGAUCCCGGAAGCUGGAGUAUGGAGGCCAGACGUGGCAUGAGCACUGCUUCCUGUGCAGCGGCUGUGAGGAGCCCCUGGGCGCCCGCUCUUUCGUGCCCGACAAGGGUGGUCACUACUGCGUGCCCUGUUAUGAGAACAAGUUUGCGCCUCGCUGCGCUCGCUGCAACAAGACGCUGACGCAGGGAGGUGUGACAUACCGUGACCAGCCCUGGCAUCGAGAAUGCCUGGUCUGCACUGGGUGCCAAACGCCCCUGGCAGGACAGCAGUUCACCUCCAAGGAUGAAGAUCCCUACUGCGUGGCCUGUUUUGGGGAGCUCUUUGCACCCAAGUGCAGCAGCUGCAAGCGCCCCAUCACAGGACUUGGUGGGGGCAAGUACGUGUCCUUCGAAGAGCGCCGCUGGCACCACAGCUGCUUCUCCUGCGCCCGCUGCUCCACCUCCCUGGUGGGCCAAGGCUUCGUGCCGGAUGGAGACCAAGUGCUCUGCCAGGGCUGUAGCCAGGCAGGGCCCUGAGGCAGGGCUCCUGGGCCCAGCCCCUCCCACAGUGGGGGUCCAGGACUGUGGCUCCCGCCCAGACCACCUGUGGGGCCCUCGCCCUUCCUCCCCAUGGGACUGCCCCUGGGCUCCAGGAUUCUCUGCCUCAGCCCCACCUCUCCAAACUGCAACCCCUGACCCAAGGGGCCCCUACACCCGGACUCCAGAUCUCGACUCAACCCAGUCCCUGCGAUGCAUGGUCUUGUUACCAAGUCCCCUUCUCAGAUCGGGACUCUAGACCCCAGCUUUCCAAACCUGGACCCUGGAACCCAGCCCCCCUCAAGCCUAGCCUAAACUCCAAAGACAAAGUCUCCAGGAGGUGCCUGAGAAGAAGGCGCUUCAAAAAGUUCGUGGAAGAAAAUCCCACCCAUCAUCUUUUCCAUUAUUCUACGAACUUUUUCGAAGUUCCCUCCAGUACCCAGAUCUGACCCCCACACCCCAUACCCCGUGCUGGGCCUGUCCAGGUAGCAGGACAGGAGGUUGCUGGUUGGGGGUGAGUCCUGGGAUGCAGGGGCUCCACGUCCAUCAUCCAUCAAGUGUCUUUGCAUUUCAUUGUCUUGCCCAGAGAUGGGCCGAGGGGUGACCGCCCUACACCCUGCUCUAGAUUCUGCAAUAAAGCAGUUUAAGGGCGCACA